UGCAGGGCCCUGCCCGAGCAGGCCUGCCCGGCGAGCCGGGACAUGUCCGGCCCCCGAGGACCCGCGGUGGGUGAUGGAUGCAGUGCCGGAGCAAGCCGCGGGUGCAGCCGCAGAUGCUGCGGAGGCCGCGCCGGGCACCCAGCUGAACCUGGACCUGUACCCCGGGGGCUGCCGCAGACUGCUGCACCUGUGCGCCCAGCAGCCCCUGCCGCUGCUGCGCGUGGAGUUCUUGCGGCUGAGCACUCACGAGGACCCUGGGCUGCUGGAGGCCACCCUGGCCCAGGUGCCCUGGAGCCUGCUGCACCUCCGGUCCCUCGUCCUCAAAGGAGGGCAAAACCGAGGGCCCCUGGGUGCUUGCCUCCAAGGCACCUUGACCACACUCCCUGCUGGGCUGAGCGGCCUGGCUCACCUGGCCCACCUGGACCUGAGCUUCAACAGGCUGGAGACCCUGCCAGCCUGUGUCCUGCAGCUGCACAGCCUGGCCGCGCUCCUGCUCUCUCACAACCACCUCUCAGAGCUGCCCGAGGCCCUGGGGAGUCUGCCCGCCCUCACCUUCCUCACUGCGACACACAACUGCCUGCGGAGGCUGCCCACAGCGCUGGGCGCCAGCUCCACACUGCAGUGCCUCGAUCUCUCCGAGAACCUUCUGGAUGCUGUGCCCCCUGAGAUUGGGGGACUGAGCAGCCUCUGUGAGCUCAAUCUGGCCUCCAAUCAACUACGGAACCUCCCAGCCUCCCUUGCCGGGCUCCGCUCCCUGCGGCUGCUCGUUCUGCACAGCAACCUUCUCACCUCCCUGCCUGUGGGCCUGGCCCGCCUCCCGCUGCUCAUGCACCUCGACUUGAGGGACAACCAGCUCCGAGACCUGCCCCCCGAGCUGCUAGACGCCCCUUUUGUGCGCCUGCAGGGGAACCCUCUCAGCAAGGAAUCCCCAGACGGCAGGACACCCCCAGCAGCACCCCAGGACCCAGAAAUGCCCCGUCUGUUCUUGACCUCAGAUUUAGACAGCUUCUCGGUGACCCCCCGCGGCUGCUCUGUGACCCUGGCCUCCGGAGUCCGCCUGCACUUCCCAGCAGGGGCCAUCACCGCCCCCCUCACCAUCCACUACCGCCUGUGGCUCCCGGAGCCCGGCCUGGUCUCCCUGGGUCCGCACGACUUCCUGCUCAGCCGCGUUCUAGAGCUGUGGCCCCACAGCCUGGCCUUCCAGCAGGACGUGAGCCUGUGGCUGCGCUUCGUGCCCCCGUGUGCCCGGCGUUGCCGCGAAGUGGUGGUCAGGACCCGCAGUGACGGCACGUGGAGCGACCUGGAGACCCACGUGGAGGAGGAGGCCCCGGAGGCUCCAGACUCUGUCUCUUCCUCUCCACAUCCCCCCCAGCUCUGUCUCUUCACCCCAAGUUCCCCGCGGCUCUGGGCUCGCUGCAGGGUGCUCCACUUCUCCUGGUUUCUUGUGGUUUUGCGUCCUGUGUCCAAUACCUGCCUGGUGCCCCCCGAGGGGACACUUCUGUGCUCCUCUGGUCAUCCUGGGGUCAAGGUCACCUUCCCCCCCGGGGCCACGGAGGAGCCUUGUCGCGUCUCGAUGCAGGUGGUUCGCAUGGCUAGCCGAGAACUGCGUGCCCUCCUCGGGGAGCCGGAAGCUGCCGUGAGCCCCCUGCUGUGCCUGUCCCGGAGCGGGCCCCCCGAGUUCCUCCAGCCCGUUACUGUGCAGCUGCCCCUGCCCCCCGGUGUCUCAGGCUUCAGUGUGGAUCGUUCCCGCUUGCACCUGCUGUACCGGGCCCCUCCCACAGCCAGCUGGGAUGACAUCACAGCUCAGGUGGCCCUGGAGCUCACCCACCUGUAUGCCCGCUUCCAGGUCACACACUUCUCCUGGUACUGGCUGUGGUACACCACCAAGACCUGUGUGGAGGGCCUAGCCCGGAAGGCCUGGGCGCGGCUGCGUCUGCACCACGUGAACCUCAUCGCACUGCAGAGGCGCCGGGACCCUGAGCAAGUCCUGCUGCAGUGUCUGCCCCGGAACAAGGUGGAUGCCACCCUCAGGCGGCUCCUGGAGCGGUACCGGGGCCCCGAGCCCUCCGAUACUGUGGAGAUGUUCGAAGGCGAGAAAUUCUUCGCAGCCUUUGAGCGUGGCAUCGAUGUGGAUGCUGACCGUCCAGACUGUGUGGAUGGCAGGAUCUGCUUCGUCUUCUACUCACACCUGAAGAACGUGAAGGAGGUGUAUGUCAGCACCACCCUGGACCGGGAGGCCCAGGCUGUGCGAGGCCAGGUGUCCUUCUACCGUGACUCGGUGCCUGUAGACGUGCCCCCGGAAGCCGAGGCUGCCCGGCAGAAGAAAAGCGCGGAUGCCCUGUGGAUUGCCACUUUGCCCAUCAAGCUGCCGAGACUCCAAGGGGCUGGGGGCCACUGGCAAGGGGCUGGCCUCUCCCUGAUGCCCCUGAACCUGGGUGACGCAGAGACGGGCUUCCUGACGCAGAGCAACCUGCUGAGCGUGGCUGGACGCCUGGGUCCUGACUGGCCAACUGUGGCCCUGCAUCUGGGCAUGCCCUAUCGCGUCUUGCAGCGUAUCCGACAUGAGUUCCGGGACGACCUGGAUGGGCAGAUCCGCCACAUGCUCUUCUCCUGGGCUGAAGGCCAUGCUGGACAACCAGGGGCUGUGGAGCUUCUGGUGAAGGCCCUAGAGCAAAGUGACCGGCAGGAUGUGGCGGAAGAGGUUCGUGCAGUCCUGGAGCUUGGCCGCCACAAGUACCAGGACAGCAUCCGGCGCACCGGCCUGGCCCCCGAGGACCCUGCGGGUGCCCCUGCGCUGCAACCCUCACAGCCUGCCCAGGCCUAGCACCACAGCCCUGGGCGGAGACGGGCAUCCCUACCCUCACCCUCACGCCCCUGCUGUGUGGAGGCAGCAUCUUGUGUGCAACAAACCAACAUUGCUCUGUCUACCA